CGCCGGUGUUCGCCAAAAUUUACGAUUUCCUCAGCCUUAGCAAUGUUCUUUUCUUGUUGCUCCUUCUGAUGGUAUCACAUUACAUGAUGGUGGUGUAUGAGUUCAGAGGUAUGCCACCAGGCCCGCGUUUAACAACUAUUCCCGUUUUAGGUAAUGUGUUUUCUCUCGACUCGAAGGCGGAGAAACUCACCGACGCUUUCCAAAGCCUUAGACAAAACUACGGUCCAGUAUUUUCGCUGAAACUUGGUAGUUACAAGUUCGUUAUGGCCUCCACACCUGAAUCUGUUAAAGAGAUGCUUAUUACCAAAUCUAUUGAGUACGCUGGAAGACCACAGACAUAUUCCGUUCAAACUCGAACACUAGGUGGCAAAGAUAUCGCAUUUGGCAAUUAUUGUCCUGCUUGGAAGUUUCAUCGAAAAUUGUUCACAUCAGUAUUGCGCCAGUAUGUUUCAGACAUUCCUCUUGUAGAGAGCAGAGUUUCAGUUCAAGCGCAGAAAUUGGUGCAGUUUAUGCAAGAACAAGAUGGCAAACCUUUCGAUCCUGCUGAUUGCCUCAUGCGAGGUGUCGCUGAUGUCAUUUGUGGGAUAACCUUUGGUGAAGGUUUUGACACAACGCACCCGGAUUUAAACAAGCUUUUGAAUCUUUGCGCUAAUAUUGUUGAAAAUGACGAAGUCGCGCGACUUGUCACUGUAUUGGAUUUCUUCCCCUUUACGAAGUACCUGCCGAUCAAGGCUUACGAUCGUUUCAUCCAGCCCUUCUUCGAAAUGUUUGAAAUCAUUCGCAAAUUCUUAAGAGAACGCGAAGAAAAUUUCGAACCAGCAAAGAGCGUACAGGAUUUCAUCUCGGGUCUUCUAUGCGCAAGAAACGAAGCAAAGAUGGCAGGCGAUGGAGAAAGGUCCGCGUUUCUCUCUGAUGACUACCUUGUUAACGAUGUCGAGGUCAUGUUUGCUGCCGGCUACGAAACCACAAGCACAACCUUAAAAUGGGUGAUUGCCUACUUGGUUAACAAUCCAAAAUACCAAGAAGACAUUCAACACCAGCUAGACGAGGUACUUGGUGAACGAAAUCCCUCCUUGGAUGAUCGUGCCAGGUUGCCGCUAGUGCAAGCGGCAAUCAUCGAAACACUGCGACUUGGAAACGUUGGACCUCUUUUACUUCCUCAUAUGACCACGACAGAUACCACGCUGUGCGGCUACCGCGUUCCUAAAGAUACAAUUGUCUUUGCUAACACAGAAUCUGUUCAUCUGAAUCCCAAUUGUUGGAAGAACCCGACCGAUUUCAAUCCAUAUCGUCACAUCAACAAAAAUGGUCAGCUUAUCACCAACUUAAGUAACUUCUUUCCUUUCGGAGCUGGCCGCCGAGUAUGCGCUGGGAAAGACCUUGCUAAAGUGAAACUGUUCUUGUUUGUGUCGUGGAUCCUUCACAAUUUCAGUUUUGUUCCUGAAGAAGAUGGCCAUCCUCCUGAGCUAAAGGGAAUCUUUAGUAUCACUCAGUUUCCUGCUCCCUACAAGAUACGUGCCAUAAGGCGAAAGUGAAAUAGUUUUCUAAAAGCUUUUUUUUUCUUUUGGAAAUGCUUCAAACAAACUAAAAUUCUUUGUCUAGAGCGCUAUUCCAUUGAGCGUUGUAAGAUCAAUCGUAAAGAUUAAAUCAGCAGCCAAUCAGAGCGGAGGAAAAUGAAGAGGCCAAUGAGAACUUAGACUGCCUCGAGCACGUGAGAACCUGAGUGACAAAGGCGAGCACGGUUUCAGUCCCACAUCUGAUUGGUUGAGAGUUUGGCGUGUGCUUUUUUUAGACCGAUCUUAGAUCUUCGAUGCUUAAUUGAAAUAUUCUAUUCAACAAAUUGACCACAGUUUUUCACUGAUCAUAGAAAUGUCAUCAGCAAGUUUCACAACUAAAGUGAAACCAAGAGGCGCACCCGAGUUUUGAACAUAAAUUAUUCCUUUGUCACCUCCAUUUUCGAAGAUCACAAGGGUAUGUAGAUAUAGCCAAUCUUGCUUGCGUAGAAAUUCCAUUCAGCCUCUUAUUCUUCUCCAAGACAGAUAAGCAACCCCAAAUACAUGUAACACGAUUACUUGAUAACCCUUUUCCAAAUUACCUUUAGCCUCUUUUUCAAAGCGAGUCCUGGUUGCCAUCCUUUUCAUUUGAUAAUACGCUUUCAUUCACAUGUAAAUAAAACUCAUUUUGUUAAAAGACAAAAUUGGCAUUUAGCAAGGAUUUUCCUUAUAUGUGUUUUUUUAAACUUAAUAAUUAUGUAAGAGUUGGAAAUGGAUGGAAAUAAUAUAUCACUAGAAGCCAUUCAGUGAAAAAUUAUAAUAAGUAAGUUAAUCAUUUCCUGUUCAUUUUGGCGGUCUUUCUAUCCUGGUCUUAUCUUACAAGUAGAAUUUCUGUCACCUUUUCUUAUUGUGUCCGUGAAUUUGACUUGCAGAAAGAUGUUUCUACGUAAACUACAAUUUGUAGUUGAAUAUUAGGAUAUUUCCAUUACCUUGAAUUGCGAAAAGCUGUUUCAAUUACGAAGAAAAUGACAUUACCUUAUUAAAUUUGAUCCCGCACUAUACAGGAAUUUCCUGGAAAUUACCCUUACCUUAUUCUCAACCCUUUUGAUAUUCUCGUUUUUAGGUUAACUCCAUGUCGAAUUCCCGAUCAAGAAAAUAUUUCCUAAAUCUCAAAUCUAGCAUGUUCAACAACUCUCUCUUUAAAGGCGACUAAAGAUGUAAAAUACUAAUAAUUUUCAUCCUCCACACUGAAUAUAUAAUCAGGUAACUUAUAUGAACAGCAGAGAGGCGGUACCUUGGGUACGCCCUUUCUUCUCCAAAUUUUCUGUUUAUUCUGUGGUUAUGCAAAAAUCUUCGAAGGCUUUUUUCUCUAAAUAUAUCCUUUUAAGUAUGAUUCUCAUUCUAUCAAUAAGUUCAUAAUAACUUUUAUAUUGUCAAUCUUGUUUUUGUUUCCCCCAACCUUGACCGUAAGAGUAAGGGUAAUUUAAGGUAGAAAUUAUUUUGUAAAGCGUAAAUAUCUGGAAGGUACACACCUAGUAUGCAGGAACUGUUUCUCGUAAGUUAAUGAGUGGGAAAUGAUGAAGAUGCAUAAAGAUUGACAGCUGAGUAAUAUCACCUUUAUAAGCUGGUGACCAGCACUCUCACUCAGAUCUGAGCUAGUUUCCAAGGCAGUAAGUUGUGUUAAAGAAAAAGAAUAAAGAAAAAUCAACUUUA